AUGAAGGCCUCAGUUGUUCUCCUCUGUGUCUUCGCCGCUUUUGUGGCUGCUACUGAGGGUGAUACCAGGGCGGCUGACAGCACCACCACGGCGGCUCCAGCUCUGCGCUCGGUCGCCCCCCCGCAGCCUAUAAGAAUGUCCGACCUCACACCUGAGGAGACGAGCUUUUUCUUGCAGUACUGGCGGGAGCAUCUCGCUCCGCCGGGCGAGGGUGUAGUGAUGCCCGGAGGUUGGAAGUGGCCAGCGAAGCGUGACGAAUCCUCUCAGGCUGAGGUCAAAUGGGAUCCUGAGCUGUCGAAACUCACUCACGCCGUCGACGCCUUGCCCAAGCCACAAGGAAAGAUCACCCAUUACUUUGGAGAACAGCUGCAAGACAAGGGUGAAUCGAAUGAGGAUAACGAGGACGACGACGACGACAGCGCCGAUGACGAGGAUACCUCUCCUUCUAGCCCCCUCGAGAAGAGGAAGCAGAACCCCUGCAAACGUGGCUGCAGAGCUGAUUUUCAUUGCUGUUCUGGCGACAAGUGCUUCUAUGGAGUUUGCCUGGGGCCCCAGAAGCCGCCUCGUGAUGUCAAGCGUGAGAUCUACGAAUUUUAUGCAUCUGUAGAUCAGACGAAGAAUUCAGGAGAGAAUGAUGACUGA